CCUCGCAUGUACCAUAGAGGCCUGAUUACCUACGAGCAGCUUUGGGGCCUUUAAUCAUUUCUGGCGAUAUCUGAACUAGACAGAGCCGUGUAUCGACAAUGUCUCUCUUUGGCGACGACUUCGAACCCUCGCAGACGCGGAGUAAACAGUCGAGUGGCCUCUUCGACGACGAGCCACAGCGCCCGGCAAACCGAUCGUCUAAUUCUCUCUUUGCAGACGACUUUGGGGGAAACGACGAUUCGCCUUGGGGCCUCCCGACACCGAAGAAGGGAAAGGCAGACCGAGGGAGCUUGGUCAAGAACUUGCUUCCGGCGAGCGCCGUGCCAGAGGCCUACAUAGAUGCAUUCGAUGGCUUGUUGGAAGACGGGGAUGUAACAUUAGACCGCGUAAGGAAGAUUGUCGAGAGCAGUGGGCUGCCAGACGAGACACAGACCAAGAUCGUUGAAAUCCUGGGCAAGAAGGACGGCAGCGAUGCGCUGGACAGAGCAGAGUUCAAUGUCGUGUUUGCGCUAGUAGGACUUGCGCAGGAGGGCGAGGACGUCACGCUCGACAGUGUCGACGAGCGAAAGAAGAACCUCCCUGUACCUUCGAUAUCGAUCCCAAAGCCAGCGAAGCAACCCACCCAGACCGCAGAGGAACCGGCAUCCACACAGGCUCGGAUGGUACCUACGCCGCCUCCCCAGCAGCAAUCUCCCUCGCAGCAAGUGCAAACACCGAGCCGCACGCGUCCCACGCCCCGCAAACCGUCGUUUGGUGACCCCAUGGCCGAUCCUUGGGGCAGCCCCGACUUGCAUCGCGGUCAUACGCAUUCGAGCUAUACUUCUGUGCCUCCGCAGACCAAUGGAAACCAUGCCCCUUCUGCAACGCGGACAACGAGCCAAUUCACGACGGCAUCCGCAGCGACAGGAACCACGGCUGCCGAUUCCACUCAACAACGGCCAAGUACGGUAGGAAGUGAAGGAGCUGGUUGGGGAGAAUAUAACGCAGAAUCUGGAGGAGGUUUCUCGGGGCUUGGUGGAGAGGGCUUUGGCCAGUCGCCCGGCGCCGGCGGUGGUUCGAACAACCCAGCUGGCCUAAGCAGGCCUGUUGGUGGAAGUCGCAUUAUUUCGAACGGAGUUGAAGAGGUGAUCACUGUCUCGACCCUUGCGGAGAAGGAGGGCGUUUUCAUGUUCCAGCACCGCAACUACGAGGUCACGAGCGCCCGCCGAAACAGCAAGGUGAUCCGUCGGUACAGCGACUUUGUGUGGUUAUUGGAUUGCCUCCACAAGAGGUACCCAUUCCGACAGCUACCUUUGCUGCCUCCGAAGAGAGUUGCGAUCAAUGGUAACUAUUUAGCUGCCGACGCGAGUUUCGUGGAGAAGAGGAGAAAGGGUUUGGCGAGGUUUAUCAAUGCCUUGGUGAGGCACCCGGUGCUUAGCCAGGAGCAGCUUGUCAUCAUGUUCUUGACGGUUCCUACGGAAUUGGCCGUGUGGCGCAAACAAGCCACCAUCUCUGUGCAAGAAGAGUUCACCGGCAAGCCCUUGCCCCCAGACCUAGAAGAUUCCCUACCGAAGACCCUACCGGAGCUCUUCGACACCGUCCGUUCUGGUAUCCGCAGAUCAGCGGAGGUCUACAUCAACCUCUGCAACAUGAUGGAACGCCUGACGAAACGCAAUGAAGGCAUGGCAGCCGAAUUCCUCCGGUUCUCGACCGCGCUGCAGACUCUCACCGAAGCUUCCAAGGACACGUAUGCGUCCGACACGAGCGAUGUGCCAAUGCUCAAUGAGGGUCUCAGCUCGACUGCCAGGCACUUGGAACAAUCCCGGGCAUUGCUGGAAGACGAAGCGAGGGGAUGGGAAGAAGGUGUUCUGGAGGAUCUUAAGAGACAGCGCGAUUCCCUGGUUAGCAUGAGAGACCUGUUCGACAGGCGGGAUAAAUACGCCAAGGACAACAUCCCCUACCUCGAGAAACGCAUCUCAACCAACGAGCAGAAGCUACAGGGCAUCAGGAGCAAACCACCACACCUGAUCAAGCCCAACGAGGCCGAGAAAGUCGAGGAAGCCAUCUUCAAAGACAAAGAGUCUAUCGUCGAACAGCACGCGCGUGGCGUCUUCAUCAGGGAAUGCAUCCGCGACGAACUCCUCUUCUUCCAGCAGAGCCAGUACCACGUCAGUCGGCUGCACCAGGACUGGAGUCAGGAGCGCGUCAAGUACGCCGAGUUGCAGGCGGACAACUGGAGGGCGCUCAGCGAGGAGGUGGAGGGCAUGCCGUUGGGCGAGUAAACAUCACCAUCAUUGUUGCGGCAUACACGGUACUUCUCUGAUACGCACGUGUUGAUAGCGUGCGUCUCCGACGUUGUUUCCAACGCAUUGCAGUGGCAAGGCGGUACGGGAUUGAAUUUGUAAUUUGUACAUCUUGUUUUCACUUUUGGCAGUUCUGUUUUCCUUUUUAUUGUUAGGAAAGAGGUAUAUACUCUAUAGCGAGUGAAAUGAAGCGUUAUGCAG